AUGAAAAGCUCCAAAAGUAAGCCUGAGUUUGUGUUAGACUGUGCCUCAACGAUGAGCAAAAUGUCAGAAUAUAAUGGAUUAAGAGAUGGAAAUCUAGCUGGGUUCUUUGCUUCUAAAAAGCGCAGAAAACUGUUAUGGAAGCAUGGAUUGAUAACUAAAGGUGGGCUGAUUGUCGAUAAAACAAAUUCAUCUCAAUUUUCAGAGACAAAAAGAUCGAAACCUUAUCUUUCAAGUGCUGAACAAAUCGGAUCUGAAGAAAAUGCUAAAACAAAUAAAGUCCAGAUGAUGUCGCCAAAAGCUGUUACGAUAGGAAAGAAAACCUUUGAGAAAAAAGAAGUAAAGCCUUUGAGCAGUGAUGAAUUAAAACAAAUGCUUCAAAAAUAUAGAAAACCUUAUGUAGCUCAAAGUCAAAAUACGAGCUCUACCGAAAGAAUGCAUGGGAAUAAUAAUAAAAUUGAUCAUAUUGAUUCCAGUGAAAAAAGUCCAGGCAAAGAAAAUAAAAAAAAGGAACAAAAAAAGCCUGUUGCAGAAGAAAAAAAGAAAGAGGCUGCUGAUAAAAAGCCAGCGGUUAAAGAAAAUGAAGAGGAGCAGGUGAAAAAAGAGAUAAAAGAUAAUAAAGAAGAGCAAAUUAAUAGGAAGCCAACAGUUAAAGAAGAGAAAGAUGAGAUAAUUAGAAAGCAAACUAUUGAAGAGAAAAAAGAAGAAAUAGUUGAAGGAGGAAAAGCUCAGCAAGAAAGCAGAAAGCAGACUGUUCAAGGAAAUAAAGAUGAAGGAGUUGCUGCUGAAGAAGAAGUGAAAAAUCAGGCAGGGAGUAAGAAACCUACAAUAAAAGAAAGCCAAGGAAUCGAAGAGGGUAAAGAAUUAAUCGAAACACAAAUAUCGAUGAAAGAAGAAAAUAAAGAUGGGUUAAAUAAAAAACAAACAAUUAAAAAAGAAGAGCAAGGACCAUCAGAAAUUCAGGAAGAAAUUCUUUCUAAUGAAGGGGGAAGUGGAAGUUAA